UCUUGUGCGAGUCAAUAACAUCCUGGGAUUGAGACACACCGUUUCCCAGACGCCGCCGGCCAGUCCCAACAUGGAACAUAAGGGAGUGCUUCUUCUCCUUCUUUUAUUUCUGAGAUCAGGUCAAGCAGACCCUCUGGAUGACUAUGUGAAAACCCAGGGGGCUUCCCUGUUUAGUGCCACCAAGAAGCAGCUAAGAACAGGAAGCAUAAAUGAAUGUGCAGCAAAAUGUGAGGAGGAAAAAGAAUUCAUUUGCAGGUCAUUCCAAUAUCACAGUAAAGAGCAACAGUGUGUGAUGAUGGCUGCAAACAGCAAGUCUUCUACAAUCGUGAGGAUGAGAGAUGUCGUUUUAUUUGAAAAGAAAAUGUACCUUUCAGAGUGCAAGACCGGGAGGGGAAGGAACUACAGAGGCACGGUGUCCAAAACGAGAAAUGGCACGACCUGUCAGAAGUGGAGCGCCAGCGUCCCCCACAGACCUAAUUAUUCCCCUGAUGCGUACCCCACAGAGGGGCUGGAGGAGAACUACUGCAGGAACCCAGACGACGACGAGCGGGGACCUUGGUGCUACACCAUGGACCCAAACCAGAGAUUCGGCUACUGCGAUAUUCCUGAGUGUGAAGAGGAAUGCAUGCACUGCAGUGGGGAAAAUUACCAGGGCAAAGUUUCCAAGACCAUGUCCGGACUGGAGUGCCAGGCCUGGGACUCCCAGAGCCCACAUGCCCAUGGAUACAUUCCUUCCAAAUUUCCAAGCAAGAACUUGAAGAUGAAUUACUGUCGGAACCCUGACGGGGAGCCCCGCCCUUGGUGUUUCACCACCAAUCCCAACAAGCGCUGGGAGCUCUGCGACAUCCCUCGCUGCACAACACCCCCGCCGUCUUCCGGGCCAACGUACCAGUGUCUGCAGGGAAGAGGCGAAAGCUAUCGUGGGAAGGUGGCUGUCACCGUGUCGGGGCACACCUGCCAGCGCUGGAGCGAGCAGAUCCCUCACAGACACAACAGGACGCCAGAGAACUUUCCCUGCAAGAAUCUGGAUGAAAACUAUUGUCGUAACCCGGAUGGAGAAGCAGCCCCGUGGUGCUACACAACCAACAGUGCAGUGAGGUGGGAAUACUGCGAGAUUCCAGCCUGUGGGGCCUCUCCGUUAUCCAUAGAACACCUGGAUGCUUCAGCACCGCCUGAGCAAACCCCUGUGGUCGAGGAAUGCUACCAGGGUAAUGGGCAAAGUUACCGAGGUACAUCAUCCAUCACUAUCACAGGAAGGAAAUGUCAAUCUUGGUCGUCUUCGACACCACAUUCACAUAAGAAGACCCCAGAAAACUACCCAAAUGCUGGCUUGGAAAUGAACUACUGCAGGAAUCCGGAUGCCGACAAAAGCCCGUGGUGUUUCACCACGGACCCCAGCGUCAGGUGGGAGUUCUGCAACCUGAAGAAAUGCCCAGACGCAGCAGGGGGUGUCGCUGCACCCCCGACUCUCUCCCAGGUCCCAAGUGUACAGGCUUCCUCUGAACAAGAGUGCAUCAUCGGGAACGGCAGAAGCUAUCGGGGCAAGACCUCGACCACUGUCACAGGGACUCCAUGCCAGGGGUGGGCUGCUCAGGAGCCCCAUCGUCACACCAUUUUCACUCCAGAGACAAACCCACGGGCAGGUCUGGAAGAAAACUACUGCCGGAAUCCCGACGGUGACGACAACGGUCCCUGGUGCUACACAAUGAACCCCAGGAAACUUUUUGACUACUGCGAUAUCCCUCGGUGUGCACCCUCACCCUCAUCAUUCGACUGCGGGAAGCCUCGAGUGGAGCCCAAGAAAUGUCCCGGAAGGGUGGUGGGUGGGUGCGUGGCCCACCCACACUCCUGGCCCUGGCAGAUCAGCCUCAGAACGAGAUAUGGACAGCACUUCUGUGGAGGCACUUUAAUAUCACCUGAGUGGGUGUUGACCGCUGCCCACUGCUUGGAGAGGUCCCGACUGCCUUCGUCAUACAAGGUCAUCCUGGGCGCACACCGAGAGGUGAAUCUCGAAUCAGAUGUGCAGCAGAUCGAAGUGUCCAGGCUGUUCUUGGAGCCCAGACGGGCAGAUAUUGCCUUGCUGAAGCUAAGCAGACCCGCGGUCAUCACUGACAAAGUGAUCCCGGCUUGUCUGCCGCCCGAGGAUUACGUGGUUGCCGACCGGACGGUGUGCUACAUCACCGGCUGGGGAGAAACCCAAGGUACCUUUGGUGCUGGACUUCUCAAGGAAGCUCAGCUCCCUGUGAUUGAGAAUAAAGUCUGCAAUCGCUAUGAAUAUCUGAACGGAAGGGUCAAAUCCACGGAGCUUUGUGCUGGGCAUCUGGUUGGAGGCAUUGACAGUUGCCAGGGUGACAGCGGAGGGCCUCUGGUUUGCUUCGAGAAGGACAAAUACAUUUUACAAGGAGUCACUUCUUGGGGGCUUGGCUGUGCACGCCCCAAUAAGCCUGGUGUCUAUGUUCGUGUUUCAAGGUUUGUUACUUGGAUUGAAGGAAUAAUGAGAAAUAAUUAAUGGGAUGGGGGACAGAGUGAAGCAUCAACUUACCUAGAAGCUGGAACGUGGGUAGGGAAUUUAGCAUACUUGGAAAUAAUUGACAGUAAUCCAACUAAGACACUGUCCCCAGCUAACGUCUACUGCCAAACCUCAGCAUCUUUUGUAUUAUUGUGUAUGACUUUUUCCUAUCCCUGGACUACUGGAUUCUGUAAUUAUAAGGCAACACAGCUAUAACGUCUGUUGACAAUAAACUCUGUACUUACUUUGA